AUGCCGAAAGCUCGCGCCCCUGGCUUGCUCGGGGCCGAGCGCCCGCCCGUGCCUCUCAAGGCGUGGCAGCGGCAGAUGUGCGACGAGUGGUUCGAGACGAACGCGGCGUUCGAGGCGCGCGUCCUUCAUAGGCGCAUCGUCAUGCCAGAUGGAAUGCACGAUAGCCCUGCCAUCAGAGCAGCAGCUGUGUUUCUCCGUUACGGCGUGGCCUGCCAGCCCGCAGCUUGUCCAGAAUGCGACGGGGGCGCGAAGCUGGAAUCUAAAGAGGACGGGGGAGGCGGCUGGAAGACCCUCCAGUGGUCGUGCAAGUCCGUCGGCCAGAAGCAUCCCCAGCUGAAGAUGAACAGCCGCGGUUUCCUGCAGCAGAUCCCACUCAACUCGUGGAUGCCGUUAUUGCACUUCGUAAACUACCUUCGCCCUGGGAGGCACUACGCGCGCAUCAUUGAGGAGACGCAGGCGGUGCGCGGCAACAUCGGCGAGAAGACCGCGCGCAACUGGCGCCGCAUCUACCAGGAGUCUCUCGGGAAGGCGCCGGCGCCCCUGGACGCGAUCAUGAUUGGCGGUGCAAAGGGGGGCGCGGUCGCGAUGGGCGAGACAGCGGCGGGCGCGCGCCCGAGCGACGGGCGGUCGUUCCAGACGAAGAGCAUCAGUAAGAGCGGGGGGGGCACAGCACGGGCAACGCCGCAAAGAAACACGAAGCAGUUGGCGCGGAGGGGCGCCCUGAAGAAGUUGCCCGCUCGUACCUUUUACAACGCGCAGAAAGUUGUCAAGGGGCCAUUCCAGCUCGUCGACAAGAAGAAUGCACCGACGAAGACGACCAACAAGGGGAAGAAGCGCGCCGCGAAGCAGACCGCCAAGCCAGCAAAGAAGACGAUCGGCAGGAAGAAGACGCCCAAUAACCAGGCGUUGAAGAAACGACCCGCUGCUAAUUUGAAGAGCGACGGAAGGCGGCUCUGGCUUGGCAUCCUCGUCGGCAACAAGAGCAAGGUGCACGCGCGCGCGAGCGAGGAGAAGAUGGCCACUUAUCGUUUGCUGCCCUGCGCGGCGGACGCGCAGGAAAACGAACCCAGAGGGUUCGAAGAGAUCAGGGACACCGCGCAGUCGCGCGCCCGCAAGGGAACAAUGGUGGUGUACGACGGGUGGACCUCCACUGAUUCCGCGGCCCAGGAGAUGGGCUACGAGCACCCCCCGCCUGUCCGCCACGAGGGGAACGCGCGCCGCGACAAGGAUACGGGCUUCCACACCAACGACGCUGAGAGCGAGAAUUCCAAGCUUAAGGCGUGGAGCCGCUUGCGGCACGGGAAGCUGAACAUCGCCCCAGGCGACGUGGACGAACACAUCUACUACAUCAACGUGGGCAGCGGCAUGGGGGACGCCCUUACUGGCCUGGCGCACUCGAACGAUUUCGUCGCGAAAAACAAGCUUCUCGGAUGA